AUGAGCCAAGUGGACGCCGAAAACGUAGACGUCCGCAGCCUCGAUGAGGCUCUGGGCGAGAAUGCGAGCGAGAAAGCCUCGGUGCCGAAGACCACAGCCGCAGAGCACGAGGACGUACGUGCUGCGAAGCCUGCUGCGUCUAUGCCCGCGGCUGGCCCCAGCACCACCUUGACAGAGGAGACGAUUGACCGCGUCUGGGACAUGUUUCCCAAGCUGAAGCGCGACACGAUCUCGGACGUGCUGCAUUCAAAACGAGGCAAUGUAGAUGCAGCCAUGCCACUGCUGUUAGAAAUCUAUGACCCAGACGCUGCCAGGCCCCAUCGCAGUACGUCGCCCUACUACGCACACCAUCCCGCACAGAGCCAUUCUUCCAACACACUCCCGUAUGAGCCGCGCAGACGCAAGCCCUUCGAGCCACGUUGGGACCCCUCGCAAUUGUCCUACAGCCCACGCAUGACGCCACCCCGGACGACGCCCCAUCCCAGCACCUUCGCUCCGCCACCCGAGCCGAGCCCAUGGCCCGGACCUCAACAGAUGCAGCAGCUCUCCGAAGACUUUGAUCGGCUCACUGAGCGCGGUAUGGCCAAAUUCGGAUCCGCUCUUUCCAGCCUGCGCCAGAAGGCCGAGGCCGCCAUGCGGAAUCGCGAGGGAGCGAGGACACUCUUCCGGCCACAGAGCGCAUACACCGAUCCUAUGAAUCCACACACAGCUCCCGCACCGUCCUGGAACCCGCUGCAGUUCACGCAAAAAAGUCCGUACGACCAUGAUCCACAGGUCGUGUCCGAGUCACAGCUCGACGAACUGGCUCCAUCGCCCCUCUCCUCCAUGGACGAAAAGACUGCACCGCCCCUACCCCAGCACCCUGCAGAGCGUUCUAGCACGGAUCACCGCACCCCCCAAAGCAGUCAGGCAUCUGCACCUGACGCCACGGACAGCACAUCCUCCAAGUCGGCCACCACCCCCCACGGCAGUGACGACACUACCUCACACGAUGCGCCAGAGCCGAGCCAAACCAGCUCGCACAAGGAGCCUGCCUCAUCGGAGCCCAAGUCAUCCGCCACCGAUGACGAAGAGUACAUCGAUAACCCAUUCGACGACGACGACUAG